UGACUCUGCUGGAGGGACCUGGGUGGGGGGCCGGGUGGCUGUCCCUCCCUGGAAAUGGCCCCUGGCAGCAGGGCAGAGGUGGCGGCAGCCUGCUCUCACCCCUGGGCAGGGGUCCCCCAGGCGGGUGCGUGGGGCUUGCUGGGCCCCGGCUGACGCGUGUCCCCUCUGCAGCGGGCUGACGCACGAGGCCCACAGGAAGGAGGUCGAGCAGGUGUACCUGCGCUGCUCCGCGGGCACCGUGGAGUGGAUGUACCCGACCGGCGCUCUGAUCGUCAACGUGCGGCCGAACACCUCCCCGCCUGCCCAGCGGCACCUGACCCUGUGCAUCAAGCCCCUCAGGGACUCCUCGGGGGCCAAUAUUUAUUUGGAAAAAACUGGAGAGCUGCAGCUGCUGGUGCGGGAUGGGGACCGCGGGCCCCGCCGGGUGCACUGCUUUGACUUUGAGCAGCGGGGCCUGUUCGUGGAGGCGACGCCCCAGCAGGACAUCAGCAGGAGGACCACGGGCUUCCAGUACGAGCUGACCAGCUGCUGCGUGGGGUCAGAGCUGCACGCGCAGUCAGCCCCGUGCCGCCCCUGCAGCGACGCAGAGGUGCUGCUGGCGGUCUGCACCAGUGACUUUGUCGUGCGCGGCUCCAUCCAGAACGUCACCCACGAGCCGCAGCAGCAGGAGUCCGCCAUCCACCUGCACGUGAGCCGGCUCUACCGGCAGAAGAGCAGGGUCUUCCGGCCGGCCCCGGGCGGUGCCGGCUGGCGGGGCCGCGUCACCACGCUGCUGGAGUGCGGAGUGAAGCCUGGGCACGGCGACUUCCUCUUCACGGGCCACAUACACUUUGGGGAGGCCCACCUGGGCUGUGCCCCGCGCUUCAAGGACUUCCAGAGGAUGUACAGGGAUGCCGAGGAGAGGGGCCUGAACCCCUGCGAGAUGGGCACGGAGUGACCUUGGCGGGCGCUCAGCCCGGGGCUCCCUGGCGCCCAAGCCGUGGAGGCAAGCGCCACACCGACCCCACGAGGUCCUGGCCGAGGACUCCCUGACUGACUGAAAAUGUUCUAAGAUGCAAACUAAGUUAUUAUAUUUUUUUUAAAAAAGAAACGUCCAUAGGAAAUAAACUCCAGUGUCUGAACAUG